AUCCCGUCUGGUUCACACCAGAUAGAUACAUCGAAAAUUUUACCUAUUAACAGCCUGAACCAAGGAGACACUAUUGAAACUGUUUCUGAUUUAAAUUCAUUAUUAAACCAAGGACCAUUUGGAUCGCUGACUGACGCUAGCACUUUCAUGUAUAAUUACUGGGACGAUGCUUAUGAUGAAGAGUUCG